AUGAAGCAAAAGGAGGUUGCUUUUCACGACAUGCUCUGUGGUGCUAAGAAAGUGCACCGAAAGCAAAACCCGGCUUUAUUCAUGGACUGCACUGGAUUAACUUGCAUAUACAAUUAAUUCUAAACGAAUUUAACUCGAAACGCAUCUACUUAAUACGUAGGACGACUUGCUUUUGAGGACAGUUAGCCAGCUAGCUGGCGAGCGCUCGGUGAAGGCUAGCUGGCUAUCCCGUGUGGAUUUGACGUUUGAUGGUGGAUGUUUAUCAAACAACCGAAGGAGAUUGCCACUCUUGGUGUCGACGAUGGGGGAUUUACCUGAAAUAGACCAGAGUCCGAAGUUUUGCAUUACAUCAGAGAGCGUGCUUCUCUGAGCUGCUCUUAUCCCAGUGAGGGAGCUUCCAUCAAGGUGCUCCUCGCUCGGCCUGCCUCAAAAUGGAUGCACUGCUGAAUCCUGAACUCAGGGAAAAGACACUUGAUGGUUCGAUCAAGGUUGAAAGCACCUCACAGCAGGUCAUAUUUAAAGGCCUUGCUCCUAGAGUUGUUUUAAGAAACCAUCUUCAGCCUGAAGGAACAAAGACUAAAGUAAACCUGGAGGAACAGGGUCGACAGAAGGUUUCUUUCAGCUUCACCCAGACUAAGAAGCCACGUCAGAAAGUGUUCCUUGUCCCACCAAGUCCAGAGAAAGCUGCAACUGAAAUUUCUCCUGUACUGCAAGCUACAAUUUUACCCUCCGCGGACCUGACAGGACAGAGCGCUGAAAGCAACAAUGAGCAAACUGAUCCCUCUGUCGAGGCUGAAUCCCAGGCAACACAGUCCCCAGUACCCCUCACUUCCAAAUUGAAACAUGACAAGAUGCAUUUUAAGAAACAGAUUCUGAGCGUGUCUGUUGUUGAAGAACGUCCUGUCGUCAGUGCUGUUUUAAAUGACACCACCUCAGAGAAUGAAGUUUUAAUUAGAUCUUCAGCAAGGAUUGAAGGUGAAACCUCUGUGGCUGCGUUCCAAGCCAACUCCGUCACUGACUGUUCUGAAAAAGUUAACAGAGAGGAAAGCACUCAGGAGGAAUUAGACACUCGCCUUAAGGGACCAACCGAUUCCUCCUGUAUUGGGAAAGAGUGUAAGGAUAGCAAUUCUGAGCCUGAACACAGCAAAAAUGUCCAUCAGCCAGACAAUAUUCUGCCAAGUUCUGACUUUGAUGGUGGGUCUGUUCGGACAUCAUCUAGCCAAAAGUCUAGUGACUCCAAGAGCGUGGCAAAGUGUGAUAGUCAGAGUGCUGCUGUUAAGAAGUCCUCAACCUCCAAAAGUGAAGUCUCUGACAAAUCCAGAUCUGAUAAGAGAGAGGAGAAGGAUGAAAAAGGGUCUAGUCGAUGCAAAUCGGAAAGAGAUUCCAGACACAUGUCCUCACGAUCUUCUCGCUCUGACCGAAGGAGGACCAAGAGUCGGUCACGAUCUAGAUCUCGGAGUUCUCGAACAAGUACUUCCUAUUCCAGAUCCGAGAGAUUAAGAAAUGAAAGACAGUCAAGGUCAGAUAGGUCACAUUACCAUGAUUCUGAAAGGAGAUCCCACAGAAGUUCUCGAGAACGAAGGAGGUCUCGCUCCAGAGGCGAUGGCAGAUCUCGGGAUAGCUCUGACUCUGAAGAUGAUCUCAGGAAGCCAAGGACUCGAGGCAGCGAUUCAAGUCGAUCCUCCACAUACUCUAGCUCACAAAGAGAUUCGAAGACAUCCUCUCAUUCAAAAUCCUACAGAGACUCAAAAUCUGACUCAAAAUCUUCUCAUUCAUCAGAAUUGGACAAAAGGACACAAUAUUCAAGGACAGACAGAUCUGGGAGAACUGGUGGCUCUGAACCUAGUAAAAGGAGUUCUCCUGAGACUGAAUCCAGUCAUAAAAAGUCCAGUUCUCAUUCAAAAUCGGAGGUACACGGUAAAACAUUCAAUUCGACUAACAUGUCAAGGUCUGAGAAAAAGGUCCAAAAAACCAGUGGGAGUUCUGACUCUGACGAUGAGCACAAAAUGAAAAGUCGAUUCCAUGGCUCAGAUCACUCUACUAGGUCAUCUUUUAAAAAAACAAAUAAUUCAGAAUCAAAGUCGAGUAGUAUUGGAACGGAUGGACCGUUAGUAGCAAAAGUAAAUGUUAACGCUGAACUUCCACACUUGGGUUCUGACAAAAUCAAGUCUCAGGGAGAACUCAACAAUGUGGAUGUUUGUUCCCAACAUGAAGAAAGCAGGCAGUCUAAAUUAACAAACAGUUCUCCCCAACAAAAGCAGCAUAUUAUCCUAAAGGACAGUGUAAAAAGUCAGGCUGAAUUUCAAGGUGUAAACAAAGAUUCCGAUGGUACGGAAAAGUGUCCAUCUGUCAGUGAAGUAAAUAGUAGUAAGUGUCUCGUUACUCUGGAGGACGUUUCUUUAGCGGAUGAUCAACUUGGAAAGCCGACAGACAUUCUUAUUCAAAAAGAAGUCCAGAUCUUGAAAGAGGCACAGACUAAAGUGGCAGAUGUAGGUACCUUUAUCAAAAUGAAUGAUUCUUCUAGCUUGAAUGAGCCGCCUUAUCCAGGCUACACCCCCAGGCAGGAUUCGUUAGGUUCAUUGGCAGACACUCUUUCUGUGAAAGAAUUACCACCUGGAGAAUGCUUGAAACCUAACACUAAAUUUGUUUCCCAGUUGCUUCUCAGUAAUGAAGUCAUCAAGCCUGAACCGACUAUGUCUGCCCGUGUUAAAAAAUCACGGUGGGAUAUAGUUGGUCAAGACACUUCAGAAACUCAGACUCCCCAAAAGAUGGUAAACAGUGAGAUUUCCUCUGUGAAAAAGGUCAUUUCAGUUAAGAAAAUAGAAUUUAACAAUGAUGCUAGCCAUGAAGAAAAAUGCUCAAAGAAAGAGGGACCUAUGAUGGAGUCACUGAAAUCUGAGCUGGACGAGCAGACCGACAAAGCAACAACAGGUUCUGAGAAAGAAAUCAAACGUGAUCCUGGUCAACCAUUUGCUGCUGAUACACAACAAACCAGUGAAGUUAGUGAUCAAAUAGCUAGCAAGUCUCCGGCAAAUCAAGUUUCUCUGAAACAUAAUUGUAACCCAGAUGUUGUUAUUCAUAUUGAUCAGAAAUCCGCCAAUUCUGACAAAGCGCACAAUGACGACUCGUACGAGCCUUUCACACAAGAGUCGUUCAACUGUGAUGGUAAAAGUCACAGUGAGGAAAGCGAAACUGACGAAUCUGACUCUGAUUCAGAUGACGGACAGGUCUCUUUGAAGCGGCUGCACUCUGUGGUGGUUGUGCCAAAGAAUUCUACUAUUACCCUUGAGACAACUGACCACCCAACACCACCCGCUAGCCCCUCAGCUCUCUCCGGACGGCUAAAGUAUCAGGCAGAUGAGUUGAAUAUGAGCAUUAACAGUGAAAUUCCUAAUAGUCUCAACACUCCAGUAAAACCAGUAGAAUGUUCAGGUGAAGGAAUCAAGCAUGACUUGUCAGUUAAUGAGAGUAAAUGCAUGCCUUCUGUGCAAACGCCCUACCAGUCCCAGAGCAACUUGGUUGACAGCACUAGCCAAUCUGAGGCAACCACUACACUGGCUCACACAGACCGGACCUGCACUGUCAAAGAAAGACCAAAGAUUUGUGUCCCAACUGAUCAAGUACCUUCCUAUAGAGAAGCUGAGUCAGGUUGUCACCAGUCUCUUGACAAUCCAGACAGCUGGCAUGGAAUAAAGGGAGGAAGAGAACAAUUUGGAGACUUUAGUUGCACAGAUAAUCUCAGGCCUCAGAAUGGUUUGAACCUGGCUUGUGACAUCAACCAAACCGAGCAGCCCAGCAGCACAUUUCAGCAGCCAGACAGCAGUCACACUACUCAACAGCCCUCCCAGUUAGGAAGUGCAUUUGCCAGGCAAGAUAGUGGUUACUGGACCCAGGCAAAUGUCUCUGAGAAAAACAUGCCAGUCAAUACACUCGUGCCUUCUCCUUGCCAUGAGUCAAUGUGCCAGAUUCACCCUGACUCUUUAACUAAUGACCAUGAGGAAGAUUAUGAAGGAAAAGCAUUUGCACUUGGUAGUGGGGUUGUUCUACCAUCUAGAAAUCCUCCAGCAUCAUCUACAUUUGUCCAAGCCAACGAGAUAAGCAGCAAUUGCAGCUUUGUAACAGCCACUGCUGAGAGUCAGAUAAUCUCUGAGCCUCCAAGGGAAGGCAGCCUGAGGCCUCAUAGAGGCCGGGGCCCACCCAAGAAAAGACGGCCAGAACUGGAGUCAGAAUCAGACAAUGAGGCAGAGGCAGGUCUUGCCUCUAAGCGAGAAUGCUUAGAGGAGCGCGAGAACUGCAAGGACACGAAAGAGACCAAGGUGUCCUCACAACAAGAAGAAACUCAGCGGCCACUGCUUAGUCUGAAAGAAUUUUUCGAUCCUGCUGUCUGGAAGGAUAAAGCUAAGCAAAAAAAGAUGCCUCCGUAUUUUGAUCUUAUUGAGGAAAACCUCUACCUGACAGAACGCAAGAAGAACAAGUCUCAUCGAGAUAUUAAGCGAAUGCAGUGCGAGUGUGGUGUCCUUUCAAGAGAGGAGCGGGCACGGGGAGUUAUGGCUUGUGGAGAAGAUUGUUUGAAUCGCCUGCUGAUGAUUGAAUGCUCAUCACGGUGCUUAAAUGGCGUACAUUGCUCAAAUCGGCGAUUUCAGAUGAAGCAGCAUGCAGAUUUUGAAGUAAUUCUCACUGAAAGCAAAGGCUGGGGUUUGCGAGCUGCCAAAGACUUGCAGCCGAACACAUUUGUGUUGGAGUAUUGCGGCGAGGUUCUGGAUCACAGAGAGUUCAAAUCACGGGUAAAAGAGUAUGCUCGCAGCAAGAACGUCCACUACUACUUCAUGGCUUUGAAGAAUAACGAGAUCAUUGAUGCCACACUGAAAGGCAACUGCUCAAGGUUUAUGAACCACAGCUGUGAGCCCAACUGCGAAACUCAGAAGUGGACUGUGAAUGGUCAGCUCAGAGUUGGCUUCUUCACCACUAAAGCUGUGAAGGCUGGGACAGAGCUCACAUUUGAUUACCAGUUCCAAAGAUAUGGGAAAGAGGCACAGAAGUGCUACUGUGGAGCACCGAGCUGUCGCGGCUUCCUGGGUGGAGAGAAUCGUGUCAGUGUGCGAGCAGCAGUUGGAAAGAAGCAAAGGGAGCGAUCUCGGAAGAAAGAAGCUGUCAGUGCUCUGACUACAGUGGAUGAGGAGCUGGAGGCUCUGCUAGAGAACGGGGAAGGUCUAAGUGAUGAGAAGCAAGUGGUUUCCCUCUGCAGGCUCAUGGUGCGUGUGGAAACGAUGGAGCAGAGACUCACUUGUGUUAAACUCAUCCAGAAUACUACAAAUGCUUCAUGCCUCAAGCAGUUCUUGGAUCAUCAUGGUCUCUCGUUAUUGUGGAUAUUCAUGGUGGAUCUCUCAGAAGCCAAAAGCAACUCUGUUAAUAAUCUCAAACUGCAGAUGGAGAUAAUGAAGGCAUUGGUAGUGCUGCCCAUUUCUACUAAGAACAUGCUGGAAGAGAGCCGUGUGCUGCAAUACAUCCAGCGCUGGGCCCAAAGCCAUCCACUUGGCCAGCCUACAGAGCAGGACGGUUACUCCAGUGAGAGCACCUCCCGAGCCCACACACCUCUUAACACCCCCGACGGCCCCCCUGUUAAACUGGUACCAGAGCUUGAUGGGGAGACACCGAAACGUGCUGUCUAUCGCAGACUGAAGAUAAUCAGUGAGAACAGCCUGGAUAGUGCUCUCUCAGAUGGCAGUAAGGUCUCUGAUGGUAAAGAAGAAGAAGAGGAGGAGGAGGUGGAGGAAGAGCCCUCUCCAGAGGUCGCAGCGGACACGGCAGAAAAAGGAGAAAACGGCAAGGAAACGGCUGUGACCCCAGAGCUGCUAGAGAAACAGGAAGGUUCAGAUGCUGUGGAGAGUAGUCAGGCAAAACUAGAGAUAAAGGAAGAGGAUGUUGAGAAGGACAAAACAGAAGUGCAGGAAAUUGAGGAGAAAUCAAUCAGCAAGACAGAUGAGAACCUGCCUGCUCUCAUGGAGGAGAAUUGUGAAUCCGAGCCUGCAGAAAGUCAAAUGCAGGCACCUGUCAUAGAUCAACCUCAUGAUGCCCCCAGUGUCAAGGCUGAAGUAGAUGCUAGCCCCUCUUUGCACCCCCCGGAUGAGAGCACUCCCAGCUCUGAGUCUUCCUCAGAGAAUGAGAGUGCUGAGACUUCAGUCACAAACAUCAUAACUCCUUCCACCAUCAGCAGUACACCUACAGAAUCCCUUGAUGUCAAUACGCCUUUAGAUAGUAUGGAAACCACACCUUCUGAGUCUACAGUUAACCCAGAAGCCUCACCUCUCAACUUGGACAACAUUCCACCGAGUUCUGGUACCAGCUCUGCAGAGAAAACGACAGCAGAAGUUACUGUGGAGAGAAGUCCUUCAGUUUCCGCUGUUGUCACAGCAGAGGUGCUGCCGCUGGGAAUAGUGGCGACAGAAGGCACAGCAGUGGGCACACCUUCCCAGGAUGAGGAGGAGGCUGUGUCUGACGUGGAAAGUGAGAGAAGCCAAGAGCCUCAGAUUGGAGCUGCUGACAUCAGUGAGAUGGCUGCCCGCCUACUCGACAGCUGGAAAGACCUAAAGGAGGUGUACAGGAUCCCAAAGAAGAGUCAGGUAGAGAGAGAAUCAAGUGACCGUAGUCUAGACAGGGAGGCAAUGCUGACUUCCCGCACCCCAUCCAGCAGCCGUGAGAGGGAGAGGGAGAGGGACAGAGAGAGGGAGAGAGAGCGGGACUGGGACCGAGACUGGGACAGAGACAAAGACUCUGACAGGUCAUUGCUCCGUAGCGCUGAAAGGCGGCGUAGACGAGGCUCCACCUCUCCACCGUACCCAUCUCCAUAUGAAAGGAGCAGCCGCAGAAAUGAAGACCGCUAUGAUUCAGGUAGCAGUAGUAAGAAAUCUCGAACCAAGGAGGCUCGUACCAAGCUUUCCACAGAGGAGCGACGGAAGCUCUUCGAACAGGAAGUGGCUCAGCGAGAAGCCCAGAAACAGCAGCAGCAGCAACAACAACAACAGCAGCAGCAGCAGCAGCAGCUACAGAGACAAUUAGCAUUCAAUCCUCUUGUUUAUCCCUCGAGCCCCAGUUUCAUGACUUAUCCACCUGGUUACCCUAUUCAGACAUAUGUGGACCCAACUAAUCCCAAUGCGGGCAAGGUGCUAUUACCUACACCGCCUAUGGAGCCUAUGUGUGUGACGACAGCCGGCACGGUUUCCUUUGAUCAGACUACUCAGCCGCUUAUUACCGACCUGACUUUAGCAGCUCAGUCCCCCAACGCCACUCAGGCCAGCUCAGCUACAAGUCUGACACAUGUGCCUGCUACACUGGAGCUGGCAUCUUCUGCCCAGCCACAGCAGUUUGUCCAGCCAGGCACGCCAGCUCAGGACCCUGGCGUCACUGUCCUGUCGGUUCCUGCUCAGACAGCCGAUGCCCAAGUGCAGGGCCAGCAGGGCUAUGCAACACUUUGGGAUCCCAAUACACAACAGACAGUGACAGUGCAGCCUGCUCAGCAGUACUCGAACACAGCCCAGCCACAGACGGCGAUCUACUACCCAGGCCAGCCAUGCCAGACAAUUUACAGCAUUCCUGCAGGUUAUCCACAGACCAACACUCCUGUCAUUCAGACAUACACUGAGCCAGCCACCGGCUACCUGCAUGGGCAGCAGGUCUACGCUGGUCACCAGCAGGGAGUGGUAGUCCAGCAAGGUGGCACAGUUACCACUAUAGUCACAUCUCAAACUGUACAGCAGGAAAUGAUUGUACCCAACAUCAUGGACCUGCCUCCUCCUUCACCUCCCAAACCUAAAACCAUUGUCCUGCCUCCCAGCUGGAAGGUGGCACGGGAUCCUGAGGGGAAGAUCUACUACUACCAUAUAGUCACCAGGCAAACCCAGUGGGAUCCUCCAAGCUGGGACGGCGUUGGGGAAGAGGCCACUGUGGAGCAUGAGGCUGAGAUGGACUUGGGGACACCAACAUAUGAUGAAAACCCUUCAAAGUUCUCCACCAAGACAGCUGAGGCAGACACCUCCAGCGAGCUUGCAAAGAAAAGCAAAGAGGUCUUCCGCAAAGAGAUGUCUCAAUUUAUUGUACAAUGCCUUAAUCCAUACCGAAAGCCUGACUGCAAACUGGGCCGCAUUAGCAACACUGAAGAUUUCAAACAUCUUGCCAGGAAGUUGACUCAUGGAGUGAUGAACAAGGAGCUCAAAUCCUGCAAAAACCCAGAGGACCUGGAGUGCAACGAGAACGUUAAACAUAAGACCAAGGAAUACAUUAAGAAAUACAUGCAGAAGUUUGGGACUGUUUACCGGCCGAAAGAGGACACCGAGGUGGAGUAGCUUCCUUCCUCUCAGUGCCGCAGGUAUUGAGCAGCAAAUCACCCAGCGAAUCUCUGGGGCCUCUUAGUCUAUCUGUUUUUAUACUGACUCUCUGACCAUGUCGUUACUGCUGCUCUGGAAGUCCUGCCGCUGCACGGAGACAAGAUAAUCAUGUGAAAAUUCUCGCAGCCAGCAAGCAGAGAAACGUGCAGAAAAUGCACAAAUAGGGUGCUACACAGACUUUCCCCUUCUCCCUAACCCAAGAAAUCACGUAUGCUUUUAGCCUUUUCUGCAAUGACCUCUCUGCACUACGUUUUUUUUUUUUUUUUUUUGCUUCAUGUUCGCUCACAGGACCCUCAGCAGUUCAUUCCUCAGAUGGCUGAUGAGAACAUGGAAACUGGGAGUUCGUUCCAUUUCCUUCGUUAUCUGCUUGCAUGUGUUGCCAGUUGCCCUAGUUCGUAUUUGAAUUGUCUCGGUCAGUGGUGGCUUCUGUUAGCAGUCCUAAUCGAAGGAGACAGGCGUUUCCUUACCAGCUGUUAAUCAAGACUACCAGACGACGGGGAAGCCGAGCCUGUCAGGGUGCGACGGACUGCUGGAGUUUGUGAUUUUUGGUCGUUUUUGGGGAUCAAGUGUGGUCUUGGGCUAUCAGAUUUUGCACUCGUCUUCACUCUGAGCUCAAGCGUGGCUCUACUGCCCAGUUCCUGCAGCACAGCUGAGGAUCCUGGGACAUUCCGUUUAGCUGCAUUUUUAAUAACUUUUAAAGAAUUGAAGUGUGAAGGACGUUCGUUAAUCAUUCACUCUAAGCCACUCUUGGCCAAUUUUACUCUUUUCAGAGCAGAGGCAUGUAGCAUUUGUUGUUUUAUCAACUUGUUUCUUGCUGUUUUACAUUAACUCUCUUGCUCUUUUACUAAGCUUCAGACAGGUAAACGUGAAGCCUUCCAGGCGUGUCGUAACUUUUCUCUCUCACGUUCAAGAUCAUCAGGGUUCUUGUACGAUAACAGCAUCAUGAACGGUCCUCUCUGUUUGCAUUAAUUUGCUAAAAGUUGCAUUAAAAUCCCACCCCACUCCGAAAACAUGUAUUAUAUUGCUUUAUAUGUGAAUAUAUUGAGAAAUAGUUUUUUGAAAUCCUUUAAAUAAGCAGAGACGUUGUAAACGGACUGUGGAGAUCGUGGUUUAUUGUGUAAAUAUGUGAAUACCAAACUAACAAAUAAGGUCAGUCCUCAGUCCAGCCAGCAGCUAGCAGCUCUAGUGCUCCCAUAGCAACCAGGAUUCUUUCCCACAGCUCUGUGCUGGGUUUAAAGGGGUGUGUGGGUGGUGUUUUUUUUUUGUUUUGUUUUGUUUUUUUGUUUUGUAUUUUAUUUUUUUUUUUUUGUUGUCAUUUAUUCCCCCCCUCCCAUUUUAUUUCUUUCUUUCUUUACUGAAAGACAUUUUUUAUGUGUAAAAUGGAGUCCCACUCCACUGUAAGUACUGUGCAAGCACAUUGUCAUACUGAGUGUAAAGAACAUUUUAAAAUAAACUGUUUUGUAAAAAUAA